AUGGACCUCGUUAGCCUCCAGCUGGGCACUGAGCACCUGUGGAGCUGGCUCGUGAGGCUGCUCAGCAAAGACCCAGAAUGGCUGAAUGCCAAGAUGAAGUUCUUCCUCACCGAGAUGGAGCUGAGCUCCGGGGACAAGGCCCAGGAUGCCACACAGGGGGUCAUCCUACAACUCAGAAGACUGCACGCUCACGGCCAGGCCACUUGGCAGGCUUUCAUCCAUUGCGUGUGCAUGGAGCUGGACGUACCACUGGACCUGGAGGUGCCGCUGCUGAGCACCUGGGGCCACGGAGACGGGUUCCCCAGCCAGCUGGAGGCUGGUGAAGAAAGCCAGCCUACCUCUCAGCUCCACCAUGGCCUCAAGCGGCCUUAUCAGAGCUGUGGGUCCUCACCCCGCCCGAAGCAGUGCAAGAAGCAGCAGCUAGAGCUGGCCAGGAGGUACCUGCAGCUGCUGAAGACUUCCGCCCAGCGGCGCUAUGGCAGCCGGAUCCCGGGGCCAGGGCAACCCCUUGCCUUCCACCAGGCCUACAUCCCCCCGAUCCUGCAGUGGAGCCGGACCUCGGCACCCUUCAACACCCAGGAGGGGGCCACCCUGGGGGACCCCAAGGCAGAAGACGGCACUGAUGUGAGCAUCCGAGACCUCUUCAACACCAGGGCCGACAAGGGCCCGAGGGUGACGGUGCUCCUGGGCAAGGCGGGCAUGGGCAAGACCACCCUGGCCCACCGGCUCUGCCAGAGGUGGGCCGACGGCCAGCUGGACCGCUUCCAGGCCCUGUUCCUUUUCGAGUUCCGCCAGCUCAACCUGAUCACACAUCUCCUGACGCUGCCCCAGCUCCUUUUUGACCUGUACCUGAGCCCCGAGGCGGGCCCUGACUCGGUCUUCCAGUACCUGGAGGAGAACGCUAACGGAGUCCUGCUGAUCUUUGAUGGGCUGGACCAGGCCCUCCACCCCCAUUCCAGCAGGGAGAGGGAAGGUCCUGAGGAGCCAAGUCCGGCCCUUGCCCUCUUCUCUGGCCUCUGCCGGGGGACCCUGCUGCCUGGCUGCUGGGUACUGACCACCUCCCGUCCAGGGAAGCUGCCCGACUGCCUGCCCACAGAGGCAGCCACGGUCCACAUGUGGGGCUUUGACAGGCCGCGGGUGGAGGAGUACAUGGUCCGCUUCUUCACGGACCAGCUGUGUCAGGAGGCGGCCCUGGCAGAGCUGCGGAAAAGCAGACACCUCCAGAGCAUGUGCGCGGUGCCCGCGCUCUGCCAGGUCACCUGCCUGUGCCUCCACCGUCUGCUCCCGCGCAGCUGUCCAGGCCAGUCUGCGGCCCUCCUGCCCACCGUGACUCAGAACUACGUGCAGAUGGUGUCCACCCUCGGCCCCCGAGGCUACCCGCCUCCCGAGUCCCUGCUGGACCUCAGUGAGGUGGCCCUGAGGGGCCUGGAGACCGGCAAGGUUAUCUUUUCCGUAGGAGACAUCCACCCAUCCACGAUGGCCUUCGGGGCUGCCCUCAGCCUGUUGACCUCCUUCUGCGUCUGCACGGGCCCUGGGCACCAGGGUACAGGCUAUGCCUUCGCCCACCUCAACCUACAGGAGUUUUUUGCUGCCUUGUACCUGAUGGUCAGCCCCAAGGUGGACAAAAAUGCGCUUGCCGGCCACGUCACCCUCAAUUCUCGCUGGGUGCUGCGGACCAAAGCUAAGCCGGGCCUCUUGGACCACCUCCCCUCCUUCCUGGCAGGGCUGGCGUCCCACGCCUGCCGACCCUUCCUCAGCCACGUGGCCCGGCGGGAUGAGACGUGGGUGAGUGCCAGGCAGGCUGUCGUGAUGCAGGCCCUGAGGAAGUUGGCCCCCCGCAGGCUCACGGGGCCGAAGGUGGUAGCAUUCUGUCACUGCGUGGGAGAGACCCAGGAGCCUGAGCUGGCCAGCCUCGUGGCCCAAAGUCUCCCCUGCCACCUGUCUUUCCACAAUUUCCCACUGACCUUUGCUGACCUGGCUGCCCUGACCAACAUCUUGGGGCACAGGAAUGCCCCUAUCCACCUGGAUUUUGAGGGCUGCCCCCUGGAGCCCCACUGCCCUGAGGCCCUGGCAGGCUGUAAGCAGGUAGAGAAUCUCAGCUUUAAGAGCAGGAAAUGUGGGGACGCCUUUGCAGAAGCCCUCUCCAGGAGCCUGCCGACAAUGGGGAGCCUGAAGAAGCUGGGGUUAGCAGGAAGUAAGAUCACUGCCCGAGGCAUCAGCCACCUGGUGCAGGCUUUGCGCCUCUGUCCACAGCUGGAAGAGGUCAGCUUUCAGGACAACCAGCUCAAGGACUGGGCUGUGCUGAACAUCGUGGAGGUACUUCCUUGUUUGCCACGGCUCCAGAAGCUUGACCUGAGCCGCAACAAUGUCUCCGUGUCAACCUUACUCUGCUUGACAAAGGUGGCAGUCUCUUGCCCUACUGUCAAGACCCUGCAGGUCAGGGAGGCGGAGCUCAUCUUCCUUCUUUCCCCGCCCGCAGAGACUGCUGCAGAGCUGCAAGGAGUGCCAGACCUACAGGGAAAUGCUGGCCAGAGGAAAGAGGCUGAGAGCAGAAGCCUGACACUCAGGCUCCAGCAGUGUCAGCUCAGGGUCCAUGAUGUGCAGGAACUCAUAGCCCAGCUCCAGGAAGGCCCCUGCCUGGAUGAAGUAGACCUUUCAGGAAACCAGCUGGACGAUGAAGGCUGUCGACUGAUGGCAGAGGCCGCAUCUCAGCUGCACAUCACCAGGAUUCUGGACCUCAGCAACAACCAGCUCUCUCUGGACGGGGUGCCUUGUGUGCUGAGGGCGGUGAGCACGUGCCAGACCCUGGCCGAGCUGCACAUCAGCGUGCUGCACAAAACUGUGGUCUUCACGUUUGCCCCAGAGCAGGAGCAGCUGAAGGAGAUCCGGAAGGGGGCUGCGCUUCGGGUCAGCCUGACGUGCCGGAUGCCCUCUGAGCUGCCCCUGCGCCCCACGAGAAUCAGGCUGACACACUGCGGCUUGCAAGCCAAGCACCUCGAGCAGCUCUGCAGGGCGCUGAGAGGAAGCUGCCGCCUCGGCCACCUGGACCUCUCAGGCAAUGCUCUGGGGGACGAAGGCGCAGCCCAGCUGGCCCAGCUGCUCCCAGGGCUGGGACCUCUGCAGUCCUUGGACCUCAGUGAGAACAGUUUGUCCCUGGAUGCGGUGUUCAUGUUGACCCCGUGCUUCUCAACUCUGCAGUGGCUUCUCCACUUGGACAUCAGCUCUGAGAGCCAGCACGUCGUCCUGAGAGGUGACAGAACAGGCAGGGAUCAAUUGGCUGGUGGAUCUUUGCCAGAAUUCCCGGCUGGAGCCCAAUUCUUGGCCUUUCGUCAGCCCCGCGUCCCCAGGAGCCUCUGCCUCAGGCAGUGUCAGCUGGAGCCCCUGAGCCUCACCCACCUCUGUGAGACUCUGGAGAAGUGCCCGGGGCCUCUGGAAGUCAAAUUGUCCUGUGAGGUCCUGAGUGACCAGAGCCUGGAGACCCUGCUGCACCACUUACCCCAGCUCCCCCAGCUAAGCCUGCUGCAGCUAAGCGAGACGAGGCUGUCCCCGAAGAGCCCCCUCCUGCUGGCCGAUCUCUUCAGCCUGUGCCCACGGAUUCAGAAGGUGGAUCUCAGGUCCCUGUAUCACAUGACCCUGCACUUCAGGUCUAGCAAGGAGCGGGAAGGCGAAUGCUGUGGCAGGUUCACGGGCUGUGGCCUCAGUCAGGAGCACGUGGAGCCGCUGUGCUGGUUGCUGAGCAAAUGUGAAGACCUCAACCAGCUGGACCUCUCCGCAAACAUGCUGGGUGAUGACGGGCUCAGGUGCCUCCUGGAAUGUCUGCCUCAGUUGCCCAUCUCCGGUUCGCUUGACCUGAGUCACAACAACAUCUCCCUAGAAAGUGCCCUGGGCCUAGUGAAGACACUCCCCUCCUGCCCACGCAUCCGGGAGGCCUCCAUGAACCUGGGCUCUGAGCAGAGCUUCUGGAUCCACUUCUCCAGACAGGAGGCCGGGAAGACACUGAGGCUGAGCCAGUGCAGCUUUGGGCCGGAGCAUGUGCCCAGACUGGCCACCAACCUGAACCAGGCCCUGCACCUGACCGCGCUCACGCUGACCCAGUGCUGCCUGGGCCUGGAACAGCUGACGCUUCUCCUGAGUCUGCUGAGGUGGCCGGUGGGGCUGUUCAGUCUCAGGGUGGAGGAGCCGUGGGUAGGCAAAGCCGGGGUGCUCACCCUGCUAGAAGUCUGCACGCAGGCCUCAGGCAACAUCACUGAAAUAAGCAUUUCCGAGAUCCAGCAGCAGCUCUGUCUCCAGUUGGAGUUUCCCCGUCAGGAGAACCCAGAGGCCGUGGCCCUCAGGUUGGCUCACUGUGACCUUGGGACCCACCACAACCUUCUUGUCUGGCAGCUGAUGGAGACAUGUGCCAGGCUGCGGCAGCUCAGCUUGUCCCAGGUGAACCUCUGCAACACUAGCUCCCUGCUUCUGCAAAGUCUCCUGGAGGCCCUCUCCGAGCUGAAGACAUUCAGGCUGACCUCCAGCCAUGUGAGCUCCGAGGGCCUGGCCCACCUGACAUCUGGUCUGAGCCACUGCCACCACCUGGAGGGGCUGGACUUGUCCAACAAUCAGUUUGGUGAGGAGGACGCCGAAGUGCUGAUGGGGGUCCUUGAGGGGAUGUGCCGGCUGAAGAGGCUCGACCUCAGCCAUCUCCCGCUCAGCAGCUCCGCCCUGGCCAUGCUCACUCAACGACUAAGCCACAUGACCCUCCUGCAGAGCCUCCGCCUGAGCAGGAACGGUAUUUGUGAUGUCGGCUGCUACCAGCUUUUCGAGGCUCUCAGAGCGGCCAGCUGCUUGCAGGAGCUGGGCUUGAGCCACAACCAGAUCAGAGACAUCGGUGCCCAGCACUUAGCUGCCGUCCUGCCAGGGCUGCCCGAGCUCAGGAAGAUCGACCUCUCAGGGAAUGGCAUUGGCCCAGAUGGGGGAGUGCGGUUGGCAGAGUCUCUCGCCCUUUGCAAGCACUUGGAGGAGCUGAUGCUUGGCUACAAUGUCCUGGGGAAUAUCACAGCCCUGGAGCUGGCCCAGAGACUGCCCCAGCACCUGAGAGUCCUGCACCUGCCAUCUAGCGGUCUGAGUCAAGAGGGGGCGCUGAUCCUGAGCCAGGCCCUGGAUGGACGCCCAUAUGUGGAGGAGAUCAACUUGGCAGAGAACAGUCUGGCCAGAGAGGUCCCACAUUUCCAUCAGGGGCUCCCCCUGCUCAGGCAGAUAGACCUGGUUUCGUGUGAGAUUGACAACCACGCUGCCAAGCCCCUUGCCGCCAGCCUGGCUCUCUGCCCAGCCCUGGAGGAAAUCCUGCUGUCCUGGAAUCUGCUCGGGGAUGAGGCGGCUGCGGAGCUGGCCCAGGUCCUGCCGCAGAUGAGCCGGCUGAAGAGAAUGGACCUGGAGAAGAACCAGAUCACAGCUUGUGGAGCCUGGCUCCUGGUCGAAGGGCUGGCACAAGGGUCUGGCAUCCAAGUCAUUCGCCUCUGGAACAACCCCAUCUCCCCCGACAUGGCCCAGUGUCUGCAGAGCCAGGAGCCCAGGCUGGACUUUGCUUUCUUCGACAAGCAGCCCCAGCCCCUCGGGGUAGUUGAUGGCCCCCCUCGAGAUCCUUCGAAUUGAGCCAAGUGAAGCCAACUUCCACUCACCAGGACAGAGGGCUCAGGAAAAGAGCCUCAGCUGGGUGCCCCUGCGUGCUGCCCCAAGAAGGAGGGGCAUAUUUGUCUUGCCACGGUCUUCAGGAAGCGACCAGGAACCUUACAUGGCCAAAAGACUACCCUGUAUUGCAUGGGACAGGCAUGACCAGUUGGGGACAUGUCACACAAUGAAAGUGUCAUGAUGUGAUAUGUGACACGGGUCACACACGGCAGAAUUCUAUGCGACGUUCUGUGGAACUUGCAGCGUGGCCUUGGGGUCAGUGGCAUGGGUCCUGGCACCACACCGUGGCAGGCCACAUGAUCUGUGGUUCGCACAGGACAUGUGACAGAUGCUCCUAUCAUACAACAUGUGGCUGGCCAGAUCCCCUCAGGCUGGUAUAAAAUCUAAUUUAUUACUUUUUAAAGCCAAGGAUGUAUUUAUACAUUGCAUUUUCAGAGCAGUAUGGCCAGGGAGUGUUCUCCAUCCAGAAAUGGGAUGGGGAGAGUGUCCAAGCACUGACUAGCCCAGAGGCCUGAGGGCCAAGCCAGGACUCAGC